AUGGCGAGUACCUCGCGUCGCACCGCCGGCCUGCACGAAGAUGUGCUUGCGCAGUACGAUGAAAAUGACAGCGCUCCUGUGAUUGAUGAGUCGGAACAACAGCAGGUCAUUGACCAGAUCCGCCUCGCGAACGAAAAGUCCAACUACUGGUACCGCGCAGCGCUCCUGCUGAUUUAUGCGCUGGUGGUCGUUCUUUACCUCACUCCUGUGCCUGCGUACGCUAUGGGCAAGCACCCCAAGAGCCACAUGACCAUCUUUUUGCACCACCACCACACCGUCGGCACGGAGGAUGACCUGACCUACCUGCCUGCCUUCCCGAUCUACGCCUCGAUUGCAUCGCUCCUGAUCUACCUCAUGUUCCUUGCUUCGUACGAGCUCGCGGACCGCCUCAGCCUCGUGGCUCCCCAGGAGUUUGCUUUCCCCCGCCAGCCGCAUCCCUUUGGCACUGCGCCGUGGUGGAUUGUGCCGGUGCUGCGUGACAUUCGCCUUGCUCCAUCGAGGAGCGAGCGCAAGAAGGCUGCGGACAAGGCUCCUCAGAAGGCGGAACUCGCCAAGGUGCUGCCGCCCCGCAUCGUCUACAUUGGCUUCGUGUGGGUGUGCUCGUGGCCCAUCCCGCUGAUGACCUUUGGCCUCGGCGCGUUUGACGACGCGCUGUGGUGGUCGUUCCCCUUUGCCGCCUUCACCAUCCACGUCCUGAUCGAGUGGUGGAUGUACAAGGCGGACCGCAACACGCUGGGUCUUCAGGGACUCAAGUACAACUACAAGACCGCAUAA